AGACGACUAGAGCCCCUCGAUCUGUCCACGUCCUCUUUUUAUUAUUCUUUCCCUCCGUCAGAUCCUUACCAACCUAUGUACUCGAGUUAAGCCACGUUCGCGUCGUUGUUUCAGUCGCGACUGCAAUAUCGACGCCGCCCACGCGAUAACAGCAACCGACCGCCGUGCGUCCAUCCCAUGUGCACCGUGCAAGCAGACUGCCGGUGACAAGAGUCUGCUAGAGAUCAAAGUAUCACCGUCGCCUGCCACCACUACCGGCUUCCCUAGAAGAAAUGUGAACAGUUAAAAAGUCAGAAAGGAAGUGCAGAGUCAAGGACGCCCUGUUACGUCACGAUAAGCUUGGAAGAAAAAAAGAAGUCUGUAGAACAACGGAAAAAGAAAAAUACGAGCAAGAAAAGGAAAAAAAGUGCUCGCGGAGGGAUCUUGGCGAAGAGGAAAAAAGCCGUCUGCUCGCGCUCGCAGCACACGCAAGCAUAAACGGUUCGCAACGGCUCUCCACGCGCGAGUUUUCGUCUGCUCCGUGAUAUCAUCAAAAAGUCGCCUCGUCUGAUUGGUGCGUUCGAUCGUUCGUUUAUAAGAUGGCGGUGAAGUGAGGUGGAGUUGACUUUCAGGUUUGUGUUUGUAGAGUCUCCGACCUUUGUAAGUCACGGAGUGACGUUUGCGGCCGAAGGGAACUGACACCGCCGUGGGAACGCGGCACCGCGGUGACUAUGGCGGCAGACGACGGCGAAGAGGAUGUCGCCGAGUUGUGUCGUCUGCUAGUGGUGGAGUUUUGGUGCGCGUCGUCAGUGAUCGCUGCCCUAGUGGUUGUCGCGGUCACGUGGUGUUCCGGUACCGGCGACGGCGGAGGUCUGUUGUGGCGGCGGCUACUGCGCAAGCGCAGAACGCGUCUCGCGUCGGAGGCUGCUGGGACGGCGAUGUCUGCUACGGAGGAGCCGUCCGAUGUUCCUCGAGAGUGGACGAAACCUCUUCGGAAGCUGAACGAAAGAGAUGCCAUCCAGAAGAAGACAUUCACCAAGUGGGUCAACAAGCACCUCAUUAAGGCGAGCAAGAGGGUGGAUGACCUCUUCGUGGAUCUGCAGGAUGGACACAGCCUCUUGUCACUCCUCGAGGUCCUCUCGGGGGAGACGCUGCCCCGCGAGAAAGGCCGGAUGCGAUUCCACAUGCUCCAGAACGUGCAGACGGCCCUCAACUUCCUCAGGUACCGAAAGAUCAAGCUGGUCAACAUUCGUGCCGAGGACAUCGUGGACGGCAACCCCAAGCUCACGCUGGGGCUCAUCUGGACCAUCAUCCUCCACUUCCAAAUCUCGGACAUCACGUUCACCCAGAACAACGAGAGUUUGACGGCCAAGGAGGCCCUGCUGCGCUGGGCCCAGAGGACCACAGACCGCUACCCCGGAGUGAAAGUCCGUGACUUCACCUCCAGCUGGCGCGAUGGCCUCGCCUUCAACGCCAUCAUCCACCGAAACCGACCCGACCUUCUCGAGUUCCGUUCGUGCCGGACCCGAACGGUUAGAGAAAACCUCGAGAUUGCUUUCACGAUUGCCGAACGAGACCUUGGAGUCACCAGGCUUCUCGACCCGGAAGACGUGGACACUCCUCAGCCGGACGAGAAGUCCCUCAUCACAUAUAUCUCGUCCUUGUACGAUGUGUUUCCCGAGCCGGCGAGCCACAACCCGUUUGCGGAUGACGAGAAGCAGCGCAAGGCGGACGAGUACCGCGAGCUCUCGAGCAGCCUCCACCUGUGGCUGCGCAAGACCAUCUCCAUGCUGCAGAAUCGCAACUUCCCCAACACCCUGCCCGAGGUCAAGGCCCUCCAGUCCGAGAACGGGCGCUUUCGGGUGGAGGAGAUGCCGCCGCGGCUGCAGGAGAAGCAGCGCCUGUCCCACCUGUGGAGGGACAUGCAGAAGCUGAUGAAGGAGAACCGUAUCCACAUUGACGAGGAGCUGCGCUACGACAGCCUUGACAUCUCCUGGAACCGCAUGCUCUCGGCGCACGCGGACCGCGACCGGGCCCUGCAGGACGAGAUCGCCAGGCUGGAGAAGCUCCAGCGGCUGGCGGAGCGCGUCCACCGGGAGGCGAAAAACUGCGAUGCCCGCAUGGACGACGUGGAGAAGCGCAUCGUCGAGGAGGAGCAGCGCCUGGGGCGGCUGCACCCGGCGGACGCCAAGCACGUCUGCGACCAGGUGGACCGCGACCUGAGGCACCUCGAGGACUCCAUCAAGUCCAUGUUCAAGGACGUGCAGGUCCUCUUUGACGGACGCUACCACAGGGCCGCCGACCUGCACAAGCUGGUGCAGAAGCUCCACCAGCGCUGGUCUGAGCUGCGGCUGGCUUACCAGCAACGUCUGCUGACGCCGCUGUCGAGCAAGCAGUACAAGGUGGAGGAGCGACGGGUGACCAAGCAGCGACAGGUCAUCUCGGAGAGCCGACUGGUGGAGACCAACGAGUACUUCAAGUUCCUCCAGAACUGCCUGGACUGGGUCAACGAGAAGCUGAAGCACCUGGAGGACGGGGACUAUGGCAGCGACCUGCCCAGCGUCCAGUCCAUGGUGGACAAGCACCAGGCCGAGCACCGGCUCAUCGACCAGUUCCAGAAGAACGUCGACAUGUGCAUAUCCCGCAAGAACCAAUUCAAGGGAGAAGAACAGGAGCAGUACCUCAAGCUUCUCAGCCAGCUUGAGAGAGGCUACUCCGAGCUCUUGGUGCUGUCGAACAAGCGCCUGAGCGACCUGGAGGCUCUGCUGGAGUUCAUCCAGGCGGCCACGGCGGAGAUGAUGUGGAUGAACGAGCGUGAAGAGAAGGAGGUGAACCGGGACUGGAGUGCCAAGAGCCUCAACCUGGUGGAGGUGGAGCAGUACCACGAGGCCCUCACCACCGAGAUGGAGAUUCGGGAAGGGCAGUUCAACUCCGUGCUGGACCACGGGUCGGGACUGAUUCGCCAGCAGCACCCGGCCAACAAGUGCAUUGAGGCAUACCUGACAGCAAUGCAGACCCAGUGGGCCUGGCUGCUCGAACUCAUCAAGGGCAUGGAAGUGCACCUGAAGCAUGCCUCCCACUACCACCAGUUCUUCAAGGAGGCCCACGAGUGCGAGCAAUGGCUCCAGCGGGUGGAGGAGAAGCUGAACACGACGUUCAGCCGCCACAGCUUUUCGAUGGACGAGGGGGAGCGGCUGCUGCGCCAGAUGCAGGAGCUGCGGGAGGACCUGGCCCGCUACGCGGCCAUCGUCAACUCUCUGCUGGACCGCUCCCACGAAGUGCUGCCCCUCAAGCAGCGCAGGGCACCCCUGCCCAGGCCCCUGAGGGUCACUGCCGUCUGCACCUACAACCAGCUCAACAUGGCGGUCACCCGUAAUGAGCAGUGCUGGUUGCAUGACAACACCCAGAAGAACCGCUGGAAGGUGAUCAACGCCAAGGGCACUGAAGGCCUCGUUCCUGGCGUGUGCUUCGUCAUCCCUCCCCCCAACCCCGAGGCGAUUGAACUGGCCGAGAGCCUGAAGCGCAAGUAUGACCUGGUGGUGAAGCUGUGGACAAAGAAGCAACACAAGCUGCGCCUCAACAUGAUCUUCGCCACCAUUAAGAUCGUCAAGUCAUGGGACCUCAAGACGUUCCGUGCCAUGGAGCCAAGCCAGAGGGAGUCCAUCAUCCGCGCCCUCAACGAAGACGCGGACAAGCUUCUCGCCGAGGGUGACCCCACCGACCCAGACAUGCGGCGCCUCCGCGAGGAGAUCCGCCUCUGCAACAAGCUUUUCGAGGAGCUCAUGGCCAAGCUCAGGGAGGAGGAAGCCGAGAAGUCGCCGGAGAGCCCCACGCGACGCUUCCAGGACCUCUCCGCCAAACUGGAGAAGGUGCUCCAGGAGAAGGAGAAGACCCUGAACACGAGGGUGCAGGCACCGAUUCCUCGCGACCUGGACACUCUGGACUCGCUCGUGCUUCAGCACAAGGAGUUUGAGGAGGGCCUCCAGGACCUGGAGCCCCAGGUGGCCGAGAUGCGGGUGGCCUUCAAGCAGAUGCCCAAGAAGACACCGACUGCCCAGGACCGCCACGACAACGUGGUGCGCGUCUGGGACCGCAUCUGGAACCUGUCCCACCUCUACGUGGAGCGCCUCAAGGCGGUGGAGAUCGCCACCCACGGCCUGAACGACGGCUCGGCCUUCGUGUCCGGGGUGGAGGUACAGCUGGCCUCGCUGGACGAGCUGCCCGGCGACCAGGAGGCUCUGCGCAAGGUCCACGAGGACCUGCUGGCUCUUCAGCUGGAGAUGCAGCAGCAGCAGCCGGCACUGGACCGGCUGACGGAGGACGUGACCAACGUAAAGAAGGUGACAGAGAGGUCGCGCCCCAACGUAUACAGCCACCCUGACAUCCGCAAGUUGGAGGACGACCUCCGCAAGCUGCUCAAGAGGUGGUCCAACGCCAGCAACCAGCUGGUCGAGAGACUGCGUAGCUGCGAAGCAGCCUCGGAGCUGCUGCGAGCCUAUCGCAACAAGAUGGACGACGAGCGCGUCUGGGCAAACCAGAUGACCAUGAAGGUGAACAGCGUCAAAGUGAGCAAGCCCUCCAAGGAUGCAGAGAAGGAGUACCAGCAGGCACUGGGCUUGUACACUGAGAUCAGUGGCAAGAAGCCUGCCAUUGAGGAAGUGAACGUGCUGGGAGGAAGGUUCGUCCGGGAAGCCAAGAUCUACGACCUCCGGCUGAAGCGCUACUCGGACGGGCUCGAGGAGGAGCAUCCGAGCCUGGACGCCAGCGUGGCCAAGAAACGGCCCAAAGUGGGCCCGGGGGGCGCCGACGCAGUGUCGGCCGAGAUGGACGCCUUUAAUGCGGACUACCUGGCCCUGGCUCGGGACCUGGCCGGUGUGCUCGAGGGGCUGGGGGAGUCGCUCGCCAAGGAGACGCGCGCCAAGUUCACCGUAACCCUGACCAGGGCCGCACCGGUCACCCUCAAGACGUUCCACAUCGAGUUGCCCACCGACCUGGACGAAGGCACUGCACCCCCCAAGCGCCCCCACCGCAGGGCAGACCCAGAGCACCCCGGCGAACCCCACCUGCGACCCGCAGAGGCUGCCAGGGGUGCUGACGCAUCUCCUUCCCCGAAAAGAAGCAAGGUCACCUCGCCAACGACCAUGGCCGGUCCAUCCGUGGAGAAAACCAUAAGCUCAACCACUACGUUCACGGAAGUUCGAAGCUCGAAGAAGACCGAGAAACCGGCCGAAGAGGCCGCACCUGCGCAGUCCGGAAUCAGAGACCCGCGGACGGGGCAGCUGGUGACGUUCCUCGAAGCCAUCAGGAGGGGCUACUUCAUCGUGGAACGCUGGGUGUUUGUUGACAUCACCACGGGGAAGGUCUACGAGGUCCCCGAAGCGGUUUCUCGCGGCCUGGUCGACCAAAGGUUUGCCGACGAACUUGCGGAACCCUGCGGCAUCCUUGACCCCAAAACGGGCAAAGAGCUGACACUGCGCGAAGCGGUUCGAAAAGGGCUGUAUGACCCACAGAGGGCGGUUUUCCUGAGCCCCAAGGGUGGACGCCCCGUCACGAUUGAAGAGGCUAUCAGGCUUAAGCUCCUUAAGCGAGAGAGGGUGGAGUACUUGAUCAGGCUUGGGCUGAUUAAGGUGACGCGCUUGACGCUCGCAGAGGCGGCAGAGAGGGGGUUGCUUAACCUUGUCACGGGUUUCGUGAACGAUCCAACGACAGGGGCUCCCGUGCCGAUCGAUGAGGCGUUCGAGAAGGGGUGGUUGGACUCAGAGCCGCCGGCAGACAAGGAAGACGGUAUGUCGCUCACAUAUGCAGUAGAUGCGGGCAUGGUAGAUGAAAAGACUGGGAAGUUAACUGAUAACUAUUCGGGCGGUACGUAUGGCAUAGAUGAAGCAUUGUUUAAGGGCAUCCUGUCCCCAGACACGCGGGAGGUAGCAGACACAAAACGGGGCGUCGUGGUGACGCUUCCGGCAGCCAUCAAGGAUGGCCUCUUGGAUGCUAAAAAGGGGCAGUAUGUGGAUGCCAAGACGCGUGAGAAGCUUCCGCUUGCGGAGGCUCGCAAGCGGAAGGUUCUUGCACCGUCGCUAACUCUGAAAGACGCGGAGGAGCAGGGACUGCUAGACGAGGAUGGGCAGGUAUUGAACCCGUUCACAAACGUGAGGCUGUCCCUUCUCGAAGCGAUAGACUGCGGUCUUCUUGAUCCGAACGUGAAGUGCAUCAUCCAUCCUGUGACGCAGGAGACUCUGUCACUCUCCGAAGCGCUCGCUAAGGGGGUGAUCACUCCAGAAGGUAGGUUUGUGAACAUGCGGACUCGUGAGGUGCUCACGCUGAUUCAGGCAGUUCAUCUCGGUUUGAUCACUUCGGUUUGUCAGAAGAUGAUCUUCGACAUUGAGGGCUUUACCGAUCCUGCCACGGGCGACAACAUCAGCUUCAACACUGCUGUCUCACGGGGCAUUCUCAACCCCAAGACUGGCCAGUUUACAGACGCUAAGUCCGGGAAGACUGUUCCUUUCAACAAGCUGGUUCAGGAGAAAGUCCUCCAGCCACAGAUCUAUGACAUGUUCAUUCGUAAGAUCGGGAUGAAAGAUGACAUGGGCAAGGAAUUGACACUCGCAGACGCAGUGUUUAAGGGUCUGAUCGACCCAAAGACUGGUCAGAUCAGAGACAAGACGACCAAGCUUCCCUUGCAGCUGAGGGAAGCGGUUGCCAAACGCAUCAUCACGCCGGAAGGUGCUGCUCUCUUGCGAGGGCUUCUGAGGAUAACGGUGAGUACCGCCACGGUGACCAAAACCAUCACCCGCUAUGUGACGGUGUCUUCUCAUGGUACUGGCCCAGAUGCCGAGAUCACUUCCCAAGAUGCCACUGGACAGACAACAAGAUCAGGGACGCGCGAUCCUACUUUGGAAGAGGCCGUUCGAACCGGCCUGAUUGGAGUUGACACGGACUGGCCGACAGACAUGGGCGAGUUUGCCCCCAAAAAGCCGGUGGAGCCGGAGACCAUCAGACGGACAGAGGUGAACCUCCUCUACGACAGAGAGCUUGAGGAACAGCGCCGUAGCUAUGGCAGGCAACCUACGUGGCCCACGGGCACCGAGCCUGUAGGGCCAGAUGCGACCCUCGAGUCGCUGGUAAGCACUGAGAUCUGGACUGAGGUUCCACCCGAAUUCGACACCGGUAGGGCCCCACAGAGGCCAUCCGAGGAAUCUCCACGGAGAAGUCCAGAGGGCACGACCGGUAAGAAGCCAGGCGAGCCGUCUUACACCAUUCGCACCUACGAGGAGGCCUAUCCGAGAGUGAAUGGUUCCUCUCCUUUAGGGCAGCCUACUGUCAGGCAGGACACAAAGAAGACCGUAGAAGUGACGACUCGCACUUGGGGUAUCGGGGCGCGCGAGCUGGACGACACAACACCGUCCCAUCAAGGCGCACGACCGAAGACUCCAUCUGGGGACACGAGGUCGGAAGUUCCCCGGAAGCAGCCCAAAGAUGGAAGAAGUCUGUCGCCACCUAAGGACACUCAGCCAAAAGAGAAAGGGUUUCCCAAGGGUUCACCUGAAAGGGAAACUUCACCAAUGAAGCCAUCUGGCAAGGGUAGAAUGCCAGGAGAAACUGAACCCAUGAUCGGAGACCUUGUGCAUACCCAACGGGUCACAUCAUACUACACAGUCACUACGGAUGUGACGCACCAGGGUAAAGAGCCAUCUCCUUCAAAGCCUGCAUCAGAAAUAGCACCUCCUCUCCCAAAGAAAAGUCAUCCUGCAGACCAGGCCCAUCCAAGAACAGUCCCUCACGAUGCAGAGCAACCUUCUGAGGGACCAACCCCUUACUUCACUGUCAAAUCGGAGGGAGUUGAGAAAGACAUGCCUUGGUCUGGUAAGCAGGCUCCAAAAGAUAGAUCCCAAAGUUCACCAACAAAGGGUGCUCCCAAGGAAGCGUGGCCUUCGCCAUUGAAGGAUGUCCCGGGAGGACCCUUCACAACAGAGACUGUGUCCUACCAUACUGUGACUAAACACAUUACUCUGGAAGGUGCAAUGCCGGAAGAUACCGGUGAAGCAUCGGCGAUGAAAGGUACCCCGAAGGGCAAGGAGCCAUCGCCAACAUCGAGACUUCCCCAGGAGAGAGAACCCUUACGACCAGCAAGUCAUCCCAGAGAGAGCCCCAAGGGUAUGUCACCAAGCUCUGGCAAGCUUCCUCCUGGAGAGCAUAUGCCUUCACCUUUGAAAGAGGGCAUCACAACUGAGUAUGUGACCUAUCGCACAAUCACGACAGAUGUUACUGAAAGAGAAGUUUCCUCGGAGCUGCAGGAGAAAGCUCCCAGAGACCAAGAGCCACCGUUGUCAGCAAAGGGCCAGCCCAGGGAGCGGAGACCCUCGCCGACCAAGGACUUUCCAAAAGAAAAGCAGCCCUCCACUACCGAGUAUGUGACUUACCACACUUACUCAACUGAGACGACAGGAAAAGAGACAGCUCCAGGAUAUGGCAAGGAAAGUCCCAGAGGACACGCGCCAACGUCUCCAACAAGAGUAGCUCCCAAGGACCGAAGUGGAUCGUUGACAAAAGAUGUUUCCAAAGGAACUCCAAAGGACAAGUCGCCUGUCUCGCCUACGAGAGGUUCUCCCAAGGAAAAAACACCCUCUCCUUCAAAAGGUGUUCCUGCUGGGAAAGAGCCUCUCAUGGCGGAGACUGUGUCUUACCAUACUGUCACAACGCAUGUGACUCGUGAAGAACAGGCACCAAAGGGAAUGAAAGAAGCUCCUGCUGAGCAGACACCAACUUCGCCAACAAGAAGCAAAAAGGAAAGGACACCCUCUCCCACAAAAGAACCUUCCAAGGAAGCUCCCGGCGAUCGUGCACCACUAUCUGCGACAAAGGGAGCUCCCAUGGAAAGGAUGCCCUCACCCACAAAGGGGGUUCCAGAUGAAAGAGAGCCUUUGACAGGGACAUUUGUGUCCUAUCGCACUGUGAGUACCAAGACAUUCGACACUCCGGAGGGUACCCCGGAAGAGAUGUUCUCCACCUCACCAACAAGGACAGUACCUGAACACCGAACCCAGUCUCCUACAAAGGAAUUUCCAAGGAAGGAGCCCACUGCACCUGACCAAGUCCAGAAAGAUAGAACGCCAGAGCCUUUCAAAAGAGCUCCCGGAGAAGAGGAAGUUCUUACUACGAGAAUGGUGUCUUACCGAACUGUAACAACUCGCUUAACUGAAGAAGAGAUCACAGAUAAGGAACCAUUCCAGCAAGCCCCCAGUGAUCAUACUCCAUCGUGGCUACCCAAAGGACAAGUACCUUUGCCUUCAAGGGAUGACCAAACUACCACCAGGGAACACCCCAAAGAGUCUCCAAAAGACAGAAAGCCCUUCCCAACGGAGUCCUCAUCAUACCACACUGUGUACAGCUCAGAUGUGACCCACAAAGGCCUUCAUACAAAAGUACCUCAAGACGGGGCUGAAGGGUAUCCAUUACCGGCACAGAAGAAACAAACCUCAUCGCCAACAAGAGACGUUCUCCGUGGAAGAGAACCCCAUGAGACUGUGUCUUACCAUACCAUCACAACUCGUGUGGAAGAGGUGUCACCUCCUGAGUCUGCUAGACAAGUGCCCAAAAGUGGCAGGGAAGGCUCUCCAACAAAGGACCUGCCAAUAGGAAAAGAUCUUCCCACAAAGGAUGUCAAGGGAAAGCAACCAUCCAAGGGCAGAGAACCAUCUCCUACUAAGGAAAUGCUGGAUGGAAAAGAACCCACAACUCUGAAAGAUUUCAAAGACAAAGAGCCCAAGAAAGGAAGAGAGCCUUCACCAACAAAGGACAUCCCUCUGGGAAAAGAAUCCACACCAACGAGAGGAGGCCUCGAAGGUUAUCCGAAAGGAAGAGAGCCAUCUCCAGUAAAGGACCUUCCAAAGGAAAGAGAAUGGUCACCAACCAAAGAUGACAAGGACAAAGCACCUGAAAAGGGGAGGGAGUCCCACCCAAGCAAGGUCCUUCCAAGUGGAAAGGAACCAACAUCAACAAAAGGUGAAGUAUUUCCAAGGGGCAGAGAUUCCUCCCCAAUGAAGGACCUUCCCCUGACAAAAGAUGUCAAAGGCAAGGAGCCUAAAAAAGAAAGGGAACCUUCGCCAACCAAGGACAUUCCUCUGGAAAAAGAGCGUACACCAACAAAAGACAUCAAGGACAAGGAACCCAAGAAAGGGAGGGAACAUUCACCAACCAAGGACCUUCCAUUGGUGAAAGACCAAACACCAACGAAAGAUGUCAAGGACAAAGACUCAAAGAAAAGGGAACCUUCACCAACAAAAGAGCUCUCAUUUGGAAAAGAACCCACACUGACAAAAGAUCUGAAGGACAAGGAACCCAAGAAAGGGAGGGAACCUUCACCAACCAAGGACCUUCCGCUGGGGAAAGAACCUACGUCAACAAGAGAUGUAAGGGACAAAGUCUCAAAAAAAGGUAGGGAACCUUCACCAACUAAGGAGCUUCUACUAGGGAAAGAACCCCCCCUGACUAAAGAUGUCAAGGACAAGGAACCCAAGAAAGGGGGAGAACCUUCACCUAAUGAGCUUCCACUAGGGAAAGAACCUCCCCUGACUAAAGAUGUCAAGGACAAGGAACCCAAGAAAGGGAGGGAACCUUCACCAAACAAAGACCUUCCACUGGGGAAAGAACCUACACCAACAAGAAAUGACACUGACAAAGACUCUAAAAAAGGAAUGGAAUCUUCACCAACCAAGCAGCUUCCACUAGGGAAAGAACCCUCACUGGCUAAGGAUGUCAGGGACAAGGAACCCAAGAAAGGGAGGGAACCUUCGUCAACCAAGGACCUUCCGCUGGGGGAGGAACCUACACCAACAAAAGAUGACAACAAAGACUCUAAAAAAGGAAGGGAACCAUCACCAACCAAGGAGCUUCCACUAGGGAAAGAGCCCUCACUGACUAAAGGUGUUAAAGACAAGGAACCAAAGAAGGGGAGGGAACCUUCACCAACUAAGGAGCUUUCAUUUAGAAAAGAACCCACACCGACAAAAGAUGUCAAGGACAAGGAACCCAAGAAAGGGAGGGAACCUUCACCAACCAAGGACCUUCCACUGGGGAAAGAGCCUACACCAUCAAAAGGUGAUAGGGAAAAAGAACCUAAAAAAGAAAGGGAACCUUCACCAACCAAGGAUCUUCCACUUGGGAAAGAACCUGUACUGAUCAAAGAUGUCAAGGACAAAGCACCCAAAAAAGAAAGGGAGCCUUCACCAACCAAGGACCUUCCACUUGGGAAAGAACCUGUACUGAUCAAAGAUGUCAAGGACAAAGCACCCAAAAAAGAAAGGGAGCCUUCACCAGCCAAGGACCUUCCACUUGCAAAAGGCCCCACCCUGACAAGGGAUGUCAUGGACAAGGAACCCAAGAAAGGGAGGGAACCUUCACCAACCAAGGAGCUUUCACAAAGAGAAGGGCCAACUUUGUCAAAAGAAGACCUUAAGGAUAGGGAGCGGAAGAAGGGAAGGGAGCCCUCACCAACCAAGGACCUACCAAGAGAAAGAAAACCUGCUCCAACAAAAGACAGAGAACCGUCACCGGUGAAGGAUUUUUCAGAAGGCAAGGAAACAACAAAACUGAAAGACUUUACAGAGACAGAACUGCUUCCAACAAGAGAUAUUCCAAAGGAUGACUUCAAGGCAGGACAACCAAGUCCUACUAAAGACACUCGUCCUUCUGGGGACACAGUGCCACCUAAGCACAGGGCAACAUCGCCUACCAAAGAACGCCCCAAGGGCAAGGCUCCGGCGCCACCAAAGAGGGUGUCAUCUGUCCCAGAAAGCACAGAUCUUCCAAAAGUGUUGGAGCCAUUGCCAUCAGAAAGCCAGGAACCUCUCGCCAAAGAACCAACACCCGGAGCUGAGGAACCCAUAUCUUAUUUCACAGUAAAGGUGACCAGAAAACGAGGAACGUCGCCACCCCUGGAAGAGUACAGGGCUCCCUCUGGAGAACUGCCUUAUAGUAGACUGCCCUCAAAGGAGUCUUCUACAGACAAGGAACUACACUCGCCGGAAGGUUUUCCUAAGUCUCCAACAAAGGACACGGAACGUAGCCCUGAAAUGGGUGCUAGAAAAGAUAGGCAACCAUCACCUGAGAAAAGUCCAGAGAGAAAGUCGGUUUUGGAUAGGCAGGGCAUUCCAAAGGACAGGGAGCCUGUUCCUGACAAAGAAAAACCUUCGCCAACUAAAGAGCAUCCUAGCGGCAAGGAGCCUUCCCCGCCAAAGGGUGCUCCAAAAGAUAAGGUGCCUUCUCCUCCAGAGCAGGAAAAACUUCCUAGUGUGAAGGGCCUGCCUCUGGAGAGAGGGAAAUCUCCAAUGAAAGAGGCGGUUCCAUCCCAUACAAAGGACAGACCCCAAGAUCUUCGUGGGAGAACAUCCCCCAGCAAAGAGAUUGGGAAGGCUCGUGAACAUUCCCCAACAAAGGCUUUUCUGGAGGAAAAGGUGCCUUCAGCCAGGGACCAACCAGGUGGGAAGGCCUCACCCACAAAGGAACAUCCUUCAAGAGGAGACCAGUCUCCCACCAGGGAUGUUCCCAAAGAGAAAUCUGCAAGUCUCCUUCCAAAGGAUGAAAGCGAUAGGGAGCCCUCUCCUACCAGGGUCAGUACCCGGCGCACGCCAUCGCCGAGUAAGGGGCUUCCCACCGAUAGGCGUCCCUCUGAUCUCGAGAAACUUCCUAGAGAGACCACAGAUGGCAUUCAGAGAGACAAAGAACCAGUUAGAGAGUCUCCGGUCAAGAAGGAACCUUCUCCUUCGAAGGAAAUUCCGCAAAGGAUUUCCUCGCCAACCAAGGAGCACGAGGUCAAGAAACCUUCAGAUGAGAAAACCCCGAAAGCAGGUUCUCCGAGUGGCACUCGUUCUAAUGUCAGAACGCCUUCACCUAGCAAGGAGCCUACAAAGGAGAAAGUGCUUCCUUUUGCAAAGGACAAGGCACCAUCACCAACAAAGGACUUUGACAAAGGUCAUAGGCCAGACACCGGUCAACGCUCCCCAGAGCGAGGCUCCCCUCCCAGGUUUGAGGAAACCAAGGUUUCCACCAUCGUUUACACCACUCAAAUGACGGACUCUCAAGGCAGAGCUCCCUCACCCGAGAAAGGGUCCCCUAAGAAAGGAAGGGACGAGCCCGAUGGCAAACCAAAGUCUCCCACCCGUCCUAAGGCUAGAGCUCCCAGCCCUCCCAGGCGAGUGUCACCUGACACCGAAACCGUUACAGAGGCGGGCAGAACGGUUACAACGAGGGUGAUUGAGCGCGGCGGUACUACGAUAACAAAGUUUACGCGAGAGACACAGGUGCUUGAAAUACCGCCAGACGGUUGGUAUCUCAAGGAGGCAAUCGAACAAAAGCUGUUUGAUGCCAAGGAGGGUCUCUUCCUGAUCCCCGGUACCGACAGGCUCGUUUCCUUGGAAGAGACUCUGAAGAUGCAGAUUGUGAAUCCCAAUUCGGCGACGGUUCAUGAACCGGGCUCGAAACGAACCCUUUCCCUGAUACGGGCUUUGGAAAAGAACAUUCUCGACUCGACGGGCCACUACCACGAUACCAAGAAUAAGGAGACGCUGACAAUGGAAGAAGCCAUCAGGCGAAAAGUCAUCAUUUUGCUCGAGCGCAUGGACUACUGGACUCCCGAGCAGGCAAGGCCCAGGUCAAUCCAUGUGACAAAAGUCAGCGGUCAACCAGAUGUCGUAGAGGUCAAAGAAGGCUCAGAAGCAAUGCCCAAGGAAAUUCCCAAGCAGGACUUUCCCAAAUUUUCUGAGAUUGCUUCCGAGGUGACAUUUGACAAUGAGUCGCUGACUGUUGUCGACAAGGGUUCAGGAACUACAAUGGACCUGGUGUCUGCCCUUCAGACAGGUGUUGUGGAUGACAGUGAGUUUGUUUUCCGGGACGAGGAGACAAAGAAGGAAAUGCGGUACAGUGAAGCAGUUGAGAAGGGAAUCAUAGACAAAGGUACUGGCACUUACAAAGACGAAAAGACUGGCCAUACCUUCAAGCUCGGAGAGGCGGUCAAAUUGGGUCUUCUUGCCAUUGCGGCUUCUCCCAUGAUCGUGGGUUUGAAGGCAGCCGAAGCUGUGCGGGGCUUGAGGUCUGCUCGAGACGAAGUCACGCACGCAACUGCAGUUGGCACUGAGCCCAUUCGAGCAACCAAAGAAACCACCAAGAUAAUUCGAACGGCAACCCUGCACAUCCGCGACGCCGAGACUGGCCGGGAAGUGCCACUGGAAGAAGCGGUGUCACUUGGGCUCAUUGAUGCCGAGACGGCCAAACAACUGGAAGAGCAGUCUAAGACAACGGAACAGACUGUCCAUACGACCACGACAGUCAUGGUUACAGAUCCCGUAACGGGAGAGAACAUCACCCUAGAUGAAGCACUCCAGAGAGGCCUUCUGGACAAAGAAGCGGUCGAGAAGCUGGAGAAGGGUGACGUGACCGGCGUUGUCACGACUUUGGAGACUUGCUUGCAGGAUCCAGACAAGGGCACUACGCUGGCCUACCAGGAGUUCAUGACAAAGCCCAAGGGUGAAGUGUCUGAGCAGGUGAGGGAAGAGAAGAGGAGGGUUUCACCCACCAGACCCUUGCAGGCAAGCUACGCUGAGCCCAAGUUCGAAGUCACUCUGGGCAGAGCGACUACCCUGCAGUCUCCUGAGAGAGAGGUUGUGAUCCUGCAGAAGGUCAGAAGGCGGGCACUCACCCCAAAAGAUGCGGAGAAAGAGGGCAUCAUUGACAAGGCUGCCAUGGACAUUCUCAAAGACGUAGACUCCCUGAAAGACUCGAAGGGUAGACGCGUAGGGCUCGAUGAGGCCAUCAAACUGAAGCUGGUCGACGGCACCAAGGGUGGUGUCCUGGAGCCCAGGCAGGGCGACAAGGUCUCCAUUACGGAGGCGGUGUCUCAGGGUCUCCUUGAUACCAACACGGGCCGGGUCCUGGUGCCGAUUGGACGAUGCCUCUCCCUGCCCGAGCUUGUCUCUCAAGGCAUCGUGAAUCCAGACACGCAGCGUAUCGUUCACCCGGAGACCGGUUCCUGCCUGACUCUCCAGGAGGCCAUCCUUUGUGACAUUGUGAACCCCCUCUCCAGGGUUCCCGGUCCGACCAAGAGGUCGACCCUGACCCUCGAGGAGGCAGUGGCAUCCGGUGUCAUCGACGAGGAAUCCGGCAUGCUCAGGACGCCUUCUGGUUCGAUGACCCUCGUGGAUGCGGUCCAGAAGCACAAGGUCUUUGAGCAGCCUAAGGCUUCCAGGUCGGACAAGCUGAUACCGAUGCUCGCACUCACAUUCCCCGUGGCGCUGCAACACGGCUUUAUUGACACUAAAGCAAAGACGUUUACUCACCCUGUGACUAAAAAAAGGAUGCCCAUCCAACAGGCCAUCAAGGAUGGUCUGCUGUUGCCAAUCCCGUCCAACCCUGAUCCCGACAGCCUUCAUGUUUGCGAGGCCCUUGACCGUAACCUCGUUGACGAGAAAAAGCAGACACUUAAGCACCCGCGAACGGGAGAAGAGAUUCCAGUCAUAGAUGCCAUGGACUCUGGUCUGUUGCAGCUUUCUCCCUUCGACAAAUCCAGGGUGGUUCCCCAGACAAGAGUAGACACCCAGUUCCAAGACACAACCCGAACUAUGGUAACCUCGCAUUACACUACACUGACGCGACAGACAACCGUGAUCCUCAAACCCGGCUACGUGAUGCUGGGUCCAAACCAGGUUAAGAAUGUCGACACCGGUGAGGUUAUAUCUUUUGAGAGGGCCAAGGAGUUGGGGGUAGCCGAAGUGGAGACUUCCGAGGGUAGCGAAAGGCCGACGUUCUCGGACGCCGUGAGGCGAGGGCUAGUAGACUUCCAGCGUGGCGUCUACACAGAUGUCGUGCGGGGCAUGACUAUGCCAAUCAGUGAAGCGAUUUUGGAGGGGCUCUUGGAGCAAGACAGGGUUGAACCGGCCCAGCCUGGCAAGUACACCAUCAUCCAGGUGUUUGAGUUGUACUAUGAUGAGGUAAUUUUCUUGUUCAGGGUUCCCAACGUCAGCCAACCUUUAACGUUCGAACAGUUGCUAGAGCGUGGCUAUCUCGAUCUGAAUGCCGUCAUCUAUGACAUGAGCGAGGGGGUCAUCAUGACCACUGAAGAAGCGAUCGAGUCUGGCCACAUCGACACAAAGACUGGGAAACUGAGGCGAGAAGGCCAGGAGCCUGUGUCAAUCAAGGAUGCCAUCAGGGCAGGGCUUUUGGUGGCUAUCGAAGCGCCGCUUUUGGCUACCUUAAAAGGAACGGAGAGGUUGAGACGUAUACCUCCCGCGAGGUCACCCGUAGACAAGCCUCAAAAGGCUACGAAAGGAAGGUCACCAUCACCUCCCAAGGUCACCUCUCCUAAGAAGGGUAGCCCGAGGGAACAGUCACCCACGAAAGAGAUUUCCACAGGGGAGGCUUUGCCGAAGGCGACGCAGGAAGCACCUACAAAGGGGGCACCAGCCAAGGCAUCCCCAUCGAAAGAAUUGCCAGCCGAAACUGGUAAAGAUUUUAAGCCCGGCUCUCCCAUAAAGACUCCUCGAGGUGAGUCUCCAAGGAAAGAAGAUAAGCCCAUACCAGGGGAGAAAGCUCCGGAUGAGACCCCUAGAACCCCCAAAGAUGUGCAGUCACCGGUGAAGACGUCCCCAUCAAAAGAGCCGUCAGCUGAUGCCGGCGAAUACUUUAAACCUGGUUCACCUGGAAAGACUCCAAGAGGUGUUUCUCCAAGCAAGGAAGAUAAGCUGGCACCAGGAAAGAAAGCACCGGAUGAGACUCCUAGAACCUCCGAAGGUAGGCAGCCGCCAGUCAAGACGUCCCCAUCGAAGGAGCUUCCAGCCGACACUGGUAAAGAUUUUGGACCCGGUUCACCUGGAAAGAUUCCACGAAGUGAGUCUCCAAAGAAGGAAGAUAAGCCAGUGCCAGGGAAGAAAGCACCAGGCGAAACUCCUAAAGCUUCCGAAGAUGGGCAACCAGCGAAGGCUAAAGCACCACUCGAGAGAUCGCCAAGUCGAGAGGUCAAAGAGCCAGGCCCACCGACAAGACCACCACGAACAACUCCCUCACCUGGGAAGGACACAAGGGAGAAAUCACCAACAAAAGAAGCACCAACCAAGGCUCCCACUAAAGAGGUACCAUCAAAAGUUCCCAAGUCACCCACCAAAGAAGCACCAGUGAAGCCAACAGAAAAGGUGUUGACUAAGGAGGGUCCAACAAGGCCAACUGACAAGGCGCCAACAAAGGAAGUUCCUUUGAAAUCUUCCAAGGAGACGCCCACUAGAGGAAGUCCAAGCAAGUCUCCCACAAAGGACAUGCCUUCCAGAGGAGCACCGACGUCGACUCCAACGAGGCCAGGCCGUGCGUCAACGUCGCCCGGAAAAGAAACUACACCGUCCACUUCGCGGCAGACGGUGCAGACGGCGGUCAAGACUAACGUCUUUGAAAGUCCGGAACAGCAGCAGGUUGCUCCGUUCAGCAGCGUUUCAGAACACGAGGUGAAGUUGACCACCACGGGAGAGUGGGUUCCCACCAAGGAGAUGUCCAGCUUCAGCAGCACCGAGGUGGUCGUGAAGCAGACGUUCACGGAGUUCAGGAGGGACUACGAAGCGGAGAUUGUCGUCGGCGACCAGCUGUCUGUACGGAACUUGCUCCGUGGGGAUGUGCUCGCGCCCAAGAACUUCACAGUGUUCAUCCCGAGCUCCGGACGAACGAUGCGGCUGGAAGAUGCUCUGGAGACCCGCCAGGUAACCGAAGACAGCAUUGUCAUGGUGCGAAGCAUGAAUGAGCUCGUCCUCAUGGACAUCGGUCGGAUCGUCCCGGACUUCACCCUGGACUACGCGGUCAGGGAAGGCUUUUACAACCCAGACAAGAAGAGCUUCACCAACCCCAGGACCGGAAAGCCCAUCUCCUUCUCGGAUUUUGUGGCGCAGAAGUUUGUGGACUUGUCAGACGUCAAGGUCAAGGACUACAAGGCCAAGGAGAUGGUGGACUUGAAGACGGCUAUCUCGCGGAACAUCGUGGACCGCGAGACUGGACAGAUGACUCACCCCGAAACGAGGCAACGCAUCUCGUUCUUCGACGCCUUCGUGCUCUGCUGGAUCGUCCGCGAGUCGGUGGUGCACAGCAGAUCGGAGUCUCUUACGCUAACCCAGGCAAUCCGUGGGCUCGGCUAUGACGAGGAAAAGUCGGCCAUGCAGGAGAAGUACAAGAGCUGCGAUGAGAGCAUCACCAACCUCGUCUCGUGGAUCGGAGAGAUCGAGAUGCGCCUCGCCAACCUCGGCAACGUCUACGAGGAUGUCGACGGGCUGCGUCACCAGAUCGGAACCGCUAAGACGAUCAAGGAGGAGCUGGACCUGAACCAGAACCUGGUGUCGUCGUGCACAGACCAGGUGCGGCAGAUCUCGCAGCAGGGCCACGACCUGCUCUCCAAAGAGGAGCUGGAAACCCUGCAGAAGGAGGUGAACAAGUUCAAGGGCCGCUAUGACCACUGCCAGGACAUGGGGGAGCGCCUGCUCAGGAGGCUCACCACUGCCCUCGAGGAACUGCAGAAGUACACGAGUGAAAUGCAAGUGUUCAAAGACUGGCUGAGCAAUGCGCACAAGAUCCUGACCCGACACGAGGAACUGCUCAGCGACAUCAGGAACAUUGCGGACAAUGCCGACCACUACAGGACAUUCUCCAGCGACGUCAUUGCCCACCAGGCAGACCUUCGUUUCAUCACCAUGGCUGCCCAGAGAUUCGUCGACGAGUCCAAGGACUACCUCCGCUCUCUGAACGACUUCCGCACCAACCUUCCGCGGCGCCUUGGCCACGUGGAGCCGACGGAGAGCGAGGUCAAGUCGCAGGUGGGCCAGGUGACCACCGACUACCAGAACCUGCUGAACCGGGUUAACCGGCUCGGAGACCGGUUCUCCGGCCUGGGAGACCGCAAGCGCAACUACCACGACUCCGUCGAGCGGGCCACCACCUGGCUCAACGAGGCGCAGCGCAACGCCAAGCGGCUACUCGAGGAGCCAACCGCGGCAGAGCCGAAGGCGAUCCAAGACCAGCUCGACCGCGUGCGGGCCUUCAACCUGGAGGCCGUCGGGCAAGGGCGGCUCAUCGAGACAGCCAAGCACGCCGCCCAGUCGCUGCUGUCGAGCCUGGAGGGCGCAAGCGCGGCCGAGCGGAAGCAGAUCGAGGAGACCGUGAAGAACUUGGAGGAAGUGUACCAGCAGAUGCUGGGGCUGAUCGGGGACAAGAGCAACGAGCUGCAGACGGCACUGGUGCACUCGCAGGACAUCCAGGACGGGCUGGACCGCGUGCUCCGCUGGCUCGACGACGUCGAGUCAAGCCUGCGGAACCAGAGCAAGCCUGCCAGCCUCAUCAGGGAGCGACUGGAUGAGCAGAUCCACGAGCACCGGGUGCUGCAGUCCGAGAUCGACAGCCACCGCCCGGCCAUCGACGCCAUCAACUCGUCUGCCCGGGAACUGCUGAGCAGCUCCAACGCUCGCCUCGCCAAGAAGGUGGAGUCCAAGCUCAAGGACGUCAACAGCCGCUUCGAGAAGCUCCACGAGAAGUCCGUCAGGCGGGGAGAACUGCUCGACGAGGUGUCCAGCUGCCUGGACAUGUUCCUGACAAUGACCGGCCGGUUCGACGAGUGGUUUGCCAGCGUGCUCCAGAGCGUGGAGGGGCCCGAGGCCACUCGCGCGAGCAGUGAGGAGCAGAUCACUCGCCUCGAGCACGCCAUGAACCAGCGCAACUCGCGCAAGGACGAGUUCGAAGACCUUCUGCGUGCAGGCAAGGCCCUGUGUGCCAAACGAGACGUCACGGACACCACCCACAUCCGUGACAAACUGAAACAGCUGGAGCAGCAGUGGAAGGAGCUGGGCGACCUGCUGGCCGAACAGCAGCGCCAGGGCAGGGCCCGCUCCGAGCAGCACAGCGCCUACGAGUCUCUCCGCCUCAAGGUGCUCGACUGGCUCAACCACAUGGAGGUACGCGUGGAUGGCCUGGACGCCGUCGCCGUGGACCGGGAGGUGCUCAGGAGGCAGGCCUCCGAAGUCAAGCCCCUGGUGAAGGAGCACGCGGACUACGCCUCCACCAUCGACCGGGUGAACGACCUGGGGCGCACCUACGACGCCCUCCUGCACCACGGAGAGAGCCCGCGCCGGGGCCCCGCGUCACGCGGCCCGGCAUCCAGCCCCACUAAGAAGAUCCCCGCGAGCCCGACCCGGGGCGUCAAGGGUACUCCCUCGAGCACAACCUCGAGUAGUGAGUACUACGCCAACGGCACGACGACCGGUGCGGCUGCAGAGGUACAAGGGUCGCCAGACAGCGCAGGCGGGAAGGCCGCACCCUCGGUAUUGCAGAGUCCGCUGUCUAGUGCCUCGAGUGGCUUUAGCAGUAGGCACAGCUCUGUCGACCAGUUUGGUGGUCUCGACGACCUGAGCCCGGUGCAGCAGCAGCUGUCUGAGAUCAACCACCGGUACCACCUGAUUGGUGUGAAGCUGUCCGACCGCCAGCAGGAGAUGGAGUCCCUGGCGGAGGAGCUCAAGCGCUUCCAGGACAAUCUCAAGGCCCUGCUGGCCUUUGUGCAGACCAAGGAGCGCUCCCUGCCCAAGGAGUCCCUGCCGGCCACCAAGGAGCUCGCCGAGAAGCAGCUCACCGUGCUCAAGGAGCUCCAGUCUGACCUGCAGGAGAAGCAGAUUGAGGUGGACCGCCUGAGAGUGCAGGUGCAGGAGCUGCUCAGGCGCAAGCCCAACGCCCCGGGAUCAGAGUCCCUGCAGCAGCAGCUCACCGAGCUGCUCUCCCGCUGGCAGGAGCUGCUGCAGGCCAUACGCAUACGCCUGCUCCUCAUCCAGGAGUUCAAGGACUUCCAGGACACACACGACCUGCUGCACAACUGGCUGUCGCAGAAGGACAAGAUGUUCCAGGUGCUGGGCCCCAUCGCCCACGAACCCCGCAUGGUGGCUGCCCAGACCCAGCAGGUGCUGGUCAUGCGGGACGAGUUCAGCUCCCAGGAGCCCCUUCUGCGCCGCAUGAACCUGUGCGGCCAGGAGGUGGUGGGUCAGUUGGAGCCCAACAACCCGGCCGGCCGCAAGAUCCGGGACCAGAUGGAGGCCAUCAAGCGCCACUGGAACGAGAUGAUCGGCAGGCUCGAGGAACGAGAGCGCAGCCUGGGCGCCGCCACGGGGGCCACAACGGACUUCCACACGGUGCUGGGCAAGCUGCUGGAAGCCCUGCAGAACAUUGGGGAUGACUUCGACCAGCUGGCCGAGGCCGGGGACCUUGAGGAGCAGCUGCGGCGCCUGCGAGGCCUGGACGACCGACUAGAGGCCCAGAGGCCACCCCUGGCUGAGUCCGAGGCCAUGUGCGACCACCUGUGCGACAUCCUCACUGACGCGGCCUCCCGCAACGAGAUCAAGGGCAAGUGGGGCACUGCGGACAAGCUCUACAACAACCUCAACCGCAAGAUCAACAACCGCAAGGCAGAGCUGGAAUCUUCGCUGCGAGAAGACCGUGGUUUCUUCUCGACAUGCGAAGACAUCCAGGGCUGGCUGCAGGAGAUCCAGCACACCCUGUCUCCGGACUUCAAGAUCUCGGCUGACACCGACAUUCUGCACCGCCAGGUCACCGAAUUCGAGCCGGCCUACAAGUCCCUGCUGGACAAGGAACACGAGGUGCACCUUCUGCUCAGCAAGGGCACGGACAUGGUGGCUAAGAUGACCCGCAAGCAGGAAUCCCAGCAGCUGCGCACGAGGCUGGACGCCAUGCGUAAGGCCUGGGAUAAGAUCCGCAAGGAGGCUACGGACCGGCACACGCGACUGCAGCGUGCCUUCGAGAACUGCAAAAAGUUCAACGCGGCCUUCAACAAGUUUGGUCCCUGGCUGCAGACCACAGAGGCGCGUUUCUACGAUCUCGGGCCCAUCAGCUACCAUCGGCCAGAGACAGAGAAGCAAGCCAAAGAACUUCAGGGCUUCAAGAACGAGAUCUCGAGGCACAGCCAGGAGUACGACAGCGUGCGCAACCUGGGCGAGACCUUCCUGUCCGGCUGCGACGUCGACAAGGAGGGCGUCAAAAAGGACUUGGACACCCUGCGCACCCGCUGGGAGAAGCUCAACCAAGGAGUGACCGACCGCAGCCGCGAACUGGACGAGGUGUCGGCCAAGCUGGCCGAGUUCCAGGACAAGGCCCGCGAGCUCAACCACUCACUCCAGCGAAUGGAGGACAAGGUGGCCUCGCACGACGCCCUCGGCGACGCGGCACGCAACCCGCAGCUUCUCGAGAGGAUGAAGGCUCUGCUCCGUGAGGCGGAGGAGCUGCAGCGCGGCCUGGACCGCUUGCGCGCCUUUGCGGAGGGCCUGGUGGCCAGCGCUUCACCUGACUCGGACACGACGCACAUCCGUAAGGAGGUGGACGACCUCACCAGGCGCCACCAGCAACUCACCAGCAAGCUCGAGGAUCGCUGCGCCCAGCUCGAGUCUGCCUCCUCCGUCGUGGCACAGUACAACAACAAAGUCAAGACGGCACACCAGGAUCUGACUUCUCUCGAAGAAGAACUGGAGAACAUGGGAGCCAUUGGCCGAGACAUCCGCACCGUGAAUGGGCAGAUCGACGAAGUCAAGAACUUCAAGGUGAAGCUCUCAACCACCGAAGACGAGAUCCAGGAUGCCGAACGAGAGUGCAAGGACCUCAUCAAUCAUGGCUACACCCAGGACGCCAAGGGUGCUAGGACUCAGCUGGACACGCUGAAGCGGCAGCUGAACCGUCUCCAGGAGCGCACCAAGGGCCGCUCCCUGGCUCUGGACCAGAUGCUGGCCAAGCUAGAGAAGUUUUACCAGGACCUGGGAGACAUUCAGCGCAGCCUCAGCGAGGCCACCAACGAGGAGCGCGCCUUCCGCCCGGUGGCUGCGGAUGUCGACACCAUCCGCUCCCAGCAGGAGGAGUUCAAGCACUUCCGCAAGUCAUGCGUGGAGCCCCUAGGCAAGGAGAUUGACGAGAUCAGCAGGGUGGGCAAUGGCCUGAUCCAAUCAGCGUCGCCGGGAGUCAACACCGCCAUCCUCGAGCGUGACGUGGACAAACUCAACGACGAAUGGAACCUCCUCAAAGAAAAGAUGAGCGAGAGGGAGAGGAAGCUGGACGUGGCGCUCCUGCAGUCCGGCAAGUUCCAGGAGGCCCUGGCGGGGGUGGAGAAGUGGCUCCAGGACACGGAGGAAAUGGUGGCCAACCAGAAGCCGCCCUCCUCGGACUACAAGGUCGUCAAGGCACAGCUCCAAGAGCAGAAGUUCCUGAACAAGCUGCUGCUGGACCGGCAGAGCAGCAUGACUUCCCUGAUGACCAUGGGCAACGAGGUGAUGCGCAACCUGGCACCCUCUGAGAAGGCACACAUCCAGUCGCAGCUGCAGGACCUCAGCCAGCGCUUUGAUCGCCUCAACCGGGGUGCCCAAGAGCGGAUGAGCGCCCUGGAGCGCACGUUGCCCGUGGCCAAGGCCUUCCAGGAGAAGAUGUGCCCCUUGGUGGAGUGGCUGGAGCAGACGGAGCGGCGCCUCGCGACCAUGGGCACCAUCCCCACGGACCAAGACCGCAUUGCACACAGGGUGCAGGACCACAGGGACCUGCACCGAGACAUCCUGGGCCACAAGCACUCGUUCGAGGAGUUGACGGAGAUUGCCCAGACCCUGAUGGGUCUCGUCGGAGACGACGAGGCCCAGGCAGUGGUGGAGAGCAUGCAGGAGGUGACUGACCGCUACGCGCGGCUGGUCGAGGACAGCGAGCGUCUGCAGCAGCUGCUGGCUGAGGCGAGGGCCGGGGCCAAUGCCUUUGUGGUCAACUUUGAGGACCUUCUCGUCUGGAUCGGGGAGAUGGAGUCCCGCCUGUCCCGCUACCAGGUGCUCAGCGUGUACGUCGAGAAGCUCCAAGAGCAGUUUGAGGAGCUCAGCGAGCUGAGCGACGAGAUAGCGGACCACCAGAAGCAGGUGGACGACCUGACCGGCUCUGGCCAGGACCUGAUGCGGCACGCAUCGGGCGACGACGCAAUUCAGCUGAAGGAGCGCCUGGACGCUCUGCACGUGCGCUACACGGAUCUGACCCAGCGUGCGUCGGAGCGCCUGAGGCAGGCCCAGGAGGCCCUGCCCGUGGCACGCAACUUCCACUCGUCUCACGAGCGGGUGGUCGUGUGGAUCGACGACGCCGAGGCGGCGCUCAAGAGCGUCGAGUCCUCGGCCCUUACUUCCCAAGAGUGCACCAUCCAGCGCCUGGAGCAAGAAAUCCAGGAGGUGCGGAGCGUGCUGGAGGUGGUGAACCACCUGGGGCCCCAGCUGUGCCAGAUGUCGCCUGGAGAGGGUGCCGUGGUGGUAGAGUCGAUGGUGUCCCGGGUGAACCGGCGCUUCGACGCGGUCUGCGAGCAGAUCCAGCGGCGGGCCGAGCGCAUCGAGCUCUCCAAGCAGCGCAGCGUCGAGGUGGUCGGAGACAUCGACGACCUGCUCGACUGGUUCCGCGACGUGGAGCGCCAGCUGGCGAACGCCGAGCCCAUCAUUCCCGAACCCGAGGCCCUGGCCGCCAUGCUCAAGGAGCAGAAGGCCCUGAACGAAGAGGUGAGCAGCCAGAAGGGGCGGGUGCGGGACAUCCUGGCGUCGGCCAAGAAGCUGGCCAGGGAGUCUCCGCCCGAGGACCAGGCGCUGAUCCGGGACAAGGCGGAGGACCUGAAGGCCCUGGUGGCCUCUGUGACGGCGGCGUGUGCGGACCGCCUGUCGGCCCUGGAGCAAGCUCUGCCCCUCGCGGAGCACUUCCUCGAGACCCACCUGGACCUGGUGCAGUGGCUGGACGAGGCAGAGUCCGAGGCGGAGCGCCUGGGCGCCCCGUCCCUCCACGCCGGGCAGAUCAAGAGGCAGCAAGACAGAAACAACGCCCUGCUGCAGGCAGUGACAGAGCGCAAGCCGCUCCUGGACAAGCUGACCAAGACGGGGGCGGCGCUGAUCAAGCUGUGCAGCCCCAGCGAGGGCAAGAAGGUGCAGUACCUGAUUAACUCGGACAGCGAGCGCUACAACGCCCUGCGCAACCUGCUCCGGGAGCAGCAGAACCUCCUCGAGGAGGCCAUGCAGUCCACGUCCCAGUUCGCCGACAAGCUGGACGGCAUGUUGAACGCCCUGGCCUCGACAGCCGACCAGCUGAACAACGCCGAGCCCAUCUCGGCCCACCCGGAGAAGAUCCAGGAACAAAUCAGCGACAACCAGGCCGUGGUGACGGACCUGGGUAAGAAGUCGCCCGCCCUGGAGGCGGUGAAGAAGGCUGCCCGGGAGGUGAUCGCCAAGGCCGGCGGAGACCAGGAGCCCACAGUGCGGGACCUGAAGAGGAAGCUGGAACGGCUGAACGACCUCUGGGAAGGCAUCCAGAAGGCGGCCCGGACGCGGGGCCAGUCCCUGGAGACUGCCCUUGCGGCGGCGGAGCGGUUCUGGGAGGAGCUGAACGCGGUGAUGCGGGCCCUGCGGGACCUCCAGGAGAACCUGGACAGCCAGGAGCCCCCCGCGGUGGAGCCCCAGGCUAUCCACCAGCAGCAGGAGGUGCUGCACGAGAUCCGGCAGGAGAUGGAGCAGACCAAGCCCGAGGUGGAGCAGUGCCGCCAGGCCGGCCAGGACCUGAUGCAGCUGUGCGGGGAACCCGACAAGCCCGAAGUGAAGCGGCACAUCGAGGACCUCGACUCGGCCUGGGAGAACGUCACCAGCCUGUACGCCAAGAGGGAGCAGAACCUCAUUGACGCCAUGGACAAGGCCAUGGAGUUCCACGACACCCUGCAGAACCUCCUGGAAUUCCUGGACACUGCAGAGGAGAAGUAUUCAACACUGGGCCCGGUGGCAUCCGACAUCGACGCCGUCAAAUCACAGAUUGGUCAACUCAGAGACUUUAAGCGCGAGGUGGACCCGCACAUGGUGGAAGUGGAGUCGCUGAAUCGCCAGGCCAAGGAGCUGGUGGAGCAUACCUCCGCGAAUCAGGCUCGUGCGAUUCGGGAACCCAUGGACGACAUCAAUCGGCGCUGGACCGCCCUCCUCAAGGGUCUCGUCGACCGACAGCGGGAGCUUGAGAAUGCCCUGCUGCGCCUGGGCCAGUUCCAGCAUGCGCUGAACGAACUGCUGGUCUGGAUCUCCAAGACCGAGAAGACCCUGGAGGACUGCAGGCCGGUCGCAGGGGACGCCCAGGUCAUCGAGGUCGAGCUGGCCAAGCACAAGGUGCUGAUGAAUGACAUUCAAGCGCACCAGACGAGCGUGGACACGCUGAACAGAGCAGGUCACCAGCUAAUAGAGGCGGACAGGCACAGCGAAGACGCCAGUGCCACCCAGACUAAGCUGAACAACCUGAACCGUCGCUGGCAGGCGCUCCAGGACAAGGCAGCGGAGCGCCAGCGCCAGCUGGAAGCAGCUCUCAAGGAGGCACAAGCCUUCAACCAAGAGAUCCAGGACCUGCUGAUGUGGCUGGGCGACGUGGACGGACAGCUGGCGUCGUCCAAGCCGGUCGGAGGGCUGCCUGAGACUGCCCGGGAACAGCUCAACCGCUUCAUGGAGCUGUACAACGAACUGGACAGCAACAGGCACCGUGUGGAGUCGGCCCUCCAGCAGGGGCAGGAGUACACCAAGGUGGCUGAAGGCACCACCACCACUGCCCUCCAACACAGCCUGAGGACCCUCAAACAACGUUGGGACAAUGUCCUCAACAGAGCCAACGACCGAAAGAUAAAGCUCGAGAUUGCGCUGAAGGAGGCGACAGAGUUCCACGAGUCUCUGCAAGAGUUUGUGGAGUGGCUGACCAACUCUGAGAAGUACCUGACCAACCUGAAGCCCGUCAGCCGCAUCCUUGAGAACGUGCUCGUGCAGAUCGAGGAACACAAGACGUUCCAGAAGGAUGUGGGGGCACACCGUGAGACGAUGCUGAACCUGGACAAGAAGGGCACCCACCUGAAGUACUUCAGCCAGAAGCAGGACGUCAUCCUGAUCAAGAACCUGCUCAUCUCCGUCCAGCACCGUUGGGAACGCGUCGUCUCCAAGGCCGCCGAGCGAACACGCAGCCUCGACCACGGCUACAAGGAGGCCAAGGAGUUCCACGACUCGUGGGCGGAGCUGGACCGCUGGCUGGCGGAGGCAGAGCGCAGCCUGGACGACCAGCCCGCUGCCGGCAACGACCCGGACAAGAUCAGGCGCCUGCUGGCCCGGCACAAGGAAUUCCAGCGGGCGCUGGGGGCCAAGCAGCCCGCCUACGACGCCUGCGUGCGCCAGGGCAGGCUGCUGAAAGAACGCUGCCCCAAGGCCGACCUGCCCGUGCUGCAGCGCAUGCUGGACGACCUCAAGGCACGCUGGAAUGCCGUCUGCAACAAGAGCGUAGACAGGCAGAGGAAGCUGGAAGAGGCCUUGCUCUUCUCUGGCCAGUUUAAGGAUGCAGUGCAGGCGCUCAUCGAUUGGCUGGACAAGGCUCUGGGGACACUCAAGGAAGACCAGUUGGUUCACGGAGACCUGGACACGGUCAACAACCUCGUCGAGCAGCACAAGAGCUUCCAGACGGAGCUGAAGAGCCGCUCCACCAACCUGGAGUCCGUGCGACGUACGGCUAGCGAGUUGCUCAAGACGGCGAGCUCGGAAGAUGCAUCCAACAUCCGGCAGCAGAUGUCCAUCCUCGAGUCCAAGUGGGACACCGUGUCCAAGCUGUGCGAGAGCAAGCAGACGAGGCUGGACGAGGCACUCAAGCAGGCGGAACAAUUGCACAAGGCGGUGCACAUGCUGCUGGAGUGGCUCUCGGAUGCAGAGAUGAAGCUGCGCUUCGCCGGCCCCCUCCCCGAGGACGAGGCGACGACGAGGCAGCAGAUUGCGGAGCACCAACAAUUCCUGCGCGAGAUGGACGAACAGCAGGUCAACAAGGACAAGACGAUAGCGCUGGCCCAGGAGAUCCUGGCCAAGUGCCACCCAGACGCGGUGACUGUGAUCCGGCACUGGGUGACGAUCAUCCAGUCGCGCUGGGAGGAGGUGUCGCUGUGGGCCCGGCAGCGGCAGCAGAAGCUGGAGGACCACCUGCGCUCCCUCAGGGACAUUUUGGACCUGCUGGAGGAGCUCAUGCGCUGGCUGCUCGGAGCCGAGGCCACCCUCACCGCCCUCGAGGCGCAGCCCCUGCCCGACGACAUUCCCCUCGUCGAGAGGCUGAUCGACGACCACAAGGUGUUCAUGGAGGACAUGUCGAAGCGGCAACCGGACGUAGACCGGGUGUCAAAGGCCUUCUCGGGCAAGCGGCAGCAGCCGCCCGUGCAGCAGCCCGUGCAGCAGCUGCAGCAGCACCCCGUGGGGGCCCGCAGGAGGGGGGAGCCCCUGCACCACGACCGGCGCACCACCCCACACGGAGCUUCUCAGAGCACGCCCAGGACCUCCACCCCCGUGCGUGGACACCAUGCUGAACCCGAGAUCCGGCACCCACGUGCCAAGGAACUGGUAGACAAGUGGCAGCAUGUCUGGCUGCUGGCCCUGGAGAGGCAGCGCAGGCUGCUCGAGAGGCUCAAGUACCUUCAGGAGCUGGAGAGCAUCAAGAACUUUGACUUUGAUGAAUGGAGAAGAAGGUUCUUGGGCUGGAUGAACAACAAGAAGUCCCGAGUGAUGGACUUGUUCCGCAAGAUCGACAAGGACAAUGACGGGAAGGUGACCAAGGAGGAUUUCAUUGACGGCAUCCUCAAGUCAAAAUUCCCGACGAGCAGACUCGAGAUGGAGAAGGUGGCCGACAUCUUCGACCGAAACGGCGAUGGCUACAUUGACCACAAGGAGUACAUCGACACCCUUCGUCCGGAUCGAGACUGCUUGGUUCAUGGUGCGAGGCAGAACAAGCCGCUCACGGAGGCCGAGAAGAUCCAGGACGAGGUUCAGCGGCAGGUUGCCAAGUGCACCUGCGUGCACCGCUUCAAGGUGUUCCAGGUCGGGGAAGGGAAAUACAGAUUUGGCGAAUCUCAGAAGCUCCGUUUGGUGCGCAUUCUGCGAAGCACGGUCAUGGUGCGUGUGGGCGGAGGCUGGGUUGCUCUUGACGAGUUCCUGGUCAAGAAUGACCCCUGCCGAGCCAAGGGGCGCACAAACCUGGAACUGCGGGAGCAGUUCAUUCUGGCCGACGGCGUCAGUCAGUCCAUGACCCCCUUCAAGUCCAAGGUGGCUUCGGCCACAGCUGCCGCGUCCCCGGGAUCCUCUUUCACGCGCGCGGGUGGGGCCACCGGACCCAUCACCAAGGUGCGAGAGAAGACGGAGCGCAGCGUGCCGCUGAGCCGACAGCGCCCGACCGGGGCCGGCGAUGCCUCCGGCGACAGCGAGAUGGACGGCGCUCGCUCGCUUCCGAGACCACCCCGCACCCCCCUGGGAAGCCGACUCACCCCCGGAGCUCCCGGAAGCCGGCCGUCGAGCCGGCCCUCUAGCCGACCCUCGAGCCGGCCAUCUAGCCGGCCGCCAAGCCGUGCCAACAGCGACCUGUCCGCGGACAGCAUGGAGGGCUACCGCAGCCAGCGGCGCACGCCGUCUGCCACGCGGCAGCGCACCCCUAGCGGCUCUUCGCAGACGGGCACCAAGACUCCCGGAGGAGCCGCCCAGACCAAGAUCCCGACGCCACGCCGAACCACGCCGACGUCGGCAACCAAGGGCGGGAGCCUGGACUCCGAGGUCAAGCAGCAGCGCGAGAGGUGGAAGUAGACCUUGCGCCCCACUCUGAAAGGCCCCACGAGUCCAACAAUCCGCCGGACCGUCCCUCGAUCCCACGAGCACAUAAUCAAGAAAAAGAGAGGCGGGAUUAGUCCAAACGCGCGGAGGAAGAAGAAAAAAAAAUGGCUUGUGCUCUCUCGCUUUAAACCACGCUUUUAACCGCGAAAGAAAAACGGAACUAGGAAAGGCGUGUGGCGCCGUUGUCGCUGGCACUACUUAAAGACGAGAGAAGUCGCUUUUUGAAGAGUUUGUGCAUUGCCCAUGUUUCACGUGUUCUUGUUUUUCCUAAUUUUGUUGUUGACACCUUAAUUAUUUUUUUAAUAUAUAUAUAUUAUAUAUAUAUAUCGCUCUCACAUGUCCUCUUAUUUAAUGCUGCGCGCUUUCGAGUCUAGAGGUAGCAGCAAAUGACAACGCAAGUACUAGGAACGUUUGUGCAUGUACAUAGUGUUUUGUGUUUUUUUUUUGUGAAAACAAAAAAGCCGUACCCCCCGUUGCUUACUGCACUAGUCGAAUCGAAGUUUGCAAUGCUUGCGGCUUCCCUGUCUCGCGCGCGGGAAAUGUUGGCACCCGUUCAAACAUUCCGACGUCGAGAGAUCAUUUCAUUUUUUUUUGAGUAACUGUCGCCCCUUUAGGUUCUUUGAAACAAGCUUGCCUACGAGCAUUUUGCCUGCCACUAUCGCGUUUUAGUAAAAGUCUUUGUUCGAAGCAAAAAUAAAAAAGACUGCUUUUCUCGUUUUUUCGUUGUGUCGACCUCGUUGUUACUUUAGGUCCUUAGGGUUCAUGACGACCAAGUCUUUGUCUCUUUCGUUUUAGCCUUUUGAAAUACACAGGAAAAACGAGGAUGAAUUGCACGUUACUCUGGUUGCGUCACUUUACAUUGCUUUCGUAGGUCCUGUUCUGGCUCCUCACUCUAGAACAAAAAAUUAUAGAAGGUUUUUUCUUAGAACUAACGAUUAUUUUUUUAGUUUGUUUCUAAAGAGGUUGGAAGAGGGUAAAGAUGGAUCCCUCUUUUUUAUUGUGUUGUAUUAACCGAAUUUGAACUGUUAUGUUUUUAUAUGGUUUUCAAUAAAGAGACUAUUAACUCUGA